GUCUCCUUCCCCCACGCUGUUUUCUUUAAUUGCUCCUCCCCAGUCGCUUCUACCCCACCCUCUCCUGCGCUGAACUGUUUCCUGGGCGGGAGCUGUUUGGCUUUUCCUGCCCCAGUUAGGGUUGGGGGCGGUGACUGUCGCAGCCCUUGGCCUUCGGGGGACAUGGAGCCCAGGAGGGCGGCGCCUGGGGAGCAUGGCUGGAGGCCUCGAGUGGCCACGGGGGCUGAGACGGCCGCAGAGCUCGUGUACCAUCUAGCGGGGGCCCUGGGCACCGAGCUGCAGGAGCUGGCGCGCCGCUUCGGGCCUGAGGCGGCCGCGGGACUCGUGCCGCUCGUGGUGCGGGCGCUGGAGCUCCUGGAAAAGGCUGCCGUGGGGCCCGCCCCCGACUCGGUGAGUCACUGCCCCUCCCUCUGCCACCCGCGGGGUCGCCGGGGGCCUAACCCUGAGAGCCCGGACUCCCAGCUGCAGGUGUCGGCGCAGCAGGCCGAGCUGGAGCUGCGGCGGCUGCGGGACGAGAACGAGCACCUCCGCAGAGAGCUGCGCUGCGGGCCGCAGGAGGAGCGUGCUCUGCUGCGGCAGCUCAAGGAAGUGACCGACCGACAGCGGGACGAGCUCCGGGCGCACAACCGGGACCUGCAGCAGCGCAGCCAGGAGACCGAGGCGUUGCAGGAGCAGCUGCAGCGCCUCCUGCUGGUGAAUGCAGAGUUGCGGCACAAGCUGGCCGCGGUGCAAACCCAGCUUCGAGCCGCACGGGACCGCGAGAGCGAGCGGGAGCUGCGGCGUGCAGGUGUCUUGGAGUUGGCUCGGGAUCAGGAUCAGGAUCAGGCACGGAACCUGGCCGGGGGUCCUGGGUGCGCACAGAGGCAGGAGCCCGAGCUGGCGACCGCAGAACCAGGAGGCCCGGGGACCCCUGAGGACCCCGCGGAUGCCCCGCAGGAAGAACAGUGUCCCUCCAACGUAGGGCAGUGCGGCUUCAGUCGAGAGGAGCUUCAGCAGAUCCUCCAGGAGCGGAAUGAGCUCAAAGCCAACGUGUUCCUGCUGAAGGAGGAGUUGGCCUACUUCCAGCGGGAGCUGCUCACAGACCGCAGGGUACCUGGGCUUCUCCUGGAAGCCAUGAAGGUGGCUGUCAGGAAGCAGCGGAAGAAGAUCAAGGCGAAGAUGUUAGGGACCCCAGAGGAAGCAGAGAGCAGUGACGAUGAGGAUGGCUCAUGGCUCCUGCUCUCCAGCGAUAAGGAAGACCACCCCCCACCCCCUGAGUCCAGAAUACAGAGUUUCUUUGGCCAGUGUUAUCGAGGUGAAGCAGAGGCCCUUGAAGCCAAGACCAGCAGCACAGCUCCCAGCGAGCGAGGGGAAGAGGAGGCCCCACAGCAAUCCCACGUGGAGCCUAUGGGCAGCCCCUGACCGGCCCUGCUUUGCUCUCGAUGAACAUCUUUGUCUCGGGGUCUCAGGUGCCCCAGGCGCCUGACCUUGGAGUCUGACUGUGGGUGGAUGUGACCUCAAAUGAGGACAGGGCUCCCUCCUGCCCUGCCCUCCCAGGCUCUUUCCCAGUCUUGGCCUGAGCCAGGGCACGACUGGGAGUCCAGCCUACCUUCCUUUCCUAGAUCUCGGAGUGAAGCCUCCUGGGUCAGAUAAAAGUGCUUCCUCUCUGAGUCUCAGUUUCCCCAUCCAUGAACUGGAGAGCUGACUACCUACCUCCCAGAGAUUUGCACAGAUGGCCUAAGCUAAUGUAAUAAAGGAACUGCCCGUGAUAUCCACAAA